UACGUGUCUGAGGGGGAGGAGGCGGUGGCGGCGGGGCCGGUGCGGAGCAGCCGCGGGGAGCGGGAUCGGCUCCAGCACCAGUGCCGGGGCGGUUUUAAUUAGACUUCGGUCGGCCCGGGUUUUAUCGGGAGCGGAUUUUAAAGCGCCUUUCGUCCCUCUCCCUCUGCGGACGGGGCACCAUGUCGGAAGCGGAGCAGCAGCUGGCGGCUGGCGCCACCCAGAACGGGCACGAAGCGGCCGAGAGCGCCGGGGAGCAGCAGGCCGAGACCGGAGGGGCUCCGGCGGCGGCGGCGGGAGCUGCAGGAGCGGCGGGAGCGGCGGCGGCGGCUGGAGCCGGCCCAGCGGCGGGAACAGCGGGCACGGCCGCCAGCCAGAAUGGGGCCGAGGGCGACCAGAUCAACGCCAGCAAGAACGAGGAGGACGCGGGGAAGAUGUUUGUUGGUGGCCUCAGUUGGGAUACAAGCAAAAAAGACUUAAAAGAUUACUUCACCAAAUUUGGUGAAGUAACUGACUGUACGAUAAAGAUGGACCCUAACACAGGAAGAUCCAGAGGCUUUGGAUUUAUUCUCUUCAAAGAGCCUGGGAGUGUUGAAAAGGUUCUGGAACAGAAAGAACACAGACUAGAUGGACGACUAAUUGAUCCCAAGAAGGCCAUGGCAAUGAAAAAGGAUCCAGUGAAGAAAAUAUUUGUUGGUGGACUAAACCCAGAAGCCACAGAAGAGAAAAUCAGGGAAUACUUUGGAGAGUUUGGAGAGAUUGAAGCAAUUGAACUGCCAAUGGAUCCAAAGACCAACAAAAGGAGGGGGUUUGUGUUCAUCACUUUCAAGGAAGAGGAUCCAGUGAAGAAGGUUUUGGAGAAGAAAUUCCAUAACGUCAGUGGAAGCAAGUGUGAGAUUAAGGUAGCACAGCCAAAAGAAGUGUACCAGCAGCAACAGUUCAGUAGUGGCGGAGGAAGAGGUAGCUAUGGAGGAAGAGGCAGAGGUGGAAGAGGCGGUGCUCAAAGUCAAAAUUGGAAUCAAGGUUAUGGCAAUUACUGGAACCAGGGUUAUGGGAAUCAAGGAUACGGCUAUCAGCAAGGUUAUGGUGGCUAUGGAGGCUAUGAUUAUUCAGGAUAUGGGUAUUAUGGAUAUGGACCAGGCUAUGAUUACAGUCAAGGCAGUGCAAAUUAUGGGAAGACACCAAGACGUGGUGGUCAUCAGAAUAACUACAAGCCAUAUUGAUCAAACUUAUUCAGGCCUGGCAGUGGUCACAGUUGAUGCCUACAAGCACUGGAUAUUCCACAAGUUGAAGACGGAAUACUGACUUGUUUACCUGAAGAUAAUAGGACUUCGGGGUAUUUCCUCAGAGAAAAUAUAAAUUUUAAUAUAAUUUCAUAAGCUUUGGAGGUUAGCUUGUCUUGUAGCUUCAGUGAUACCAAACUUCUUCAAGUAGGAGCUAGAUAGAAAGCUGUUUAGUUUUUGCCAGCGUAUGUAAAACAAGACUUUUCUAUCUGCAUUGUAGAUUGUUUGUGGACACUUCCAGAUUCUUGUGCUUUCUGCAGUCAUUCUGGGGACUGAACUCUCAUUGAUACUGAAAGAAGUUCCAUGAACACGACAUGUGCAGGAAUUUGAGUGUAGAAGCCCACAGCGUGGUUUGGAAUAGUGAACUGCUUUUAGUUUGGAGAUGACUGGGGGAGAUGGGAAGAACAACUGUACAUUAAGGGAACAAUUACAGAUCUUCCUGGUGACAUCAAUGAGAGAUUUGCCUUCAAACUUUCACAGAAAAUUUUUUAGCUUUAAUUUGGGAUAUUAAAGGGGUUUUUCAAAAGCACUAAAGGCCAGUGGAAGCUUGUUAGCUGCUCCUUAUGCCUUUAAAAACCCCUACACCAAAACUGAUAGCUGAGAACAUGAAAUGGAAGUAAAUAAAAUGCAUUUUCAUUGCUGUUUUGAGUUA